GGGGAAAACCCAAACGAAGCCACCCUUCCGCUCCACCACCACCACCACUCCUCUCACCACGCCACCCUCCACUUUUUUUUUUUUUGUAAAAAAAAAAAAGAUUUCCGUACAAUUUGUUUUGGAAAACUAAUUACUGCUAAUUUUUAUCUUUGGAAAUUUCUUUUAUUACUAGUAUAUAUAUAUUUUUAUUUUCUUCUCUAUAAAUAUAUAAAAUAAACACUUUCCUUUUCACUUCCUCUGUAAAACCCUAAUUAUCAUUCGAUCUCUUUCUUUCCCUCUUUCUUUCCUUCUUUCUCCCAGAAAUCUCAGCUUUUCUUUUUCUCUUCUUUUAAUAUUUCGAUCAUUUCUUUACGAAACCCUAAAUCUUGUUACAAGAUCUGUUGGUAGCUUUACAUUUCUUUUUCCUUGGAGAUUAUAAUUGACAGGUUUCCUAGGGUUCGUUUAAUUGGAAAAGAGAGGGUGAUUUCGGGUCAAGGCUGGCGGGUUUUCGGGUGAAGUAAAUGGCGGAUCCGCCUGGACUCCGCCCCUAUAAGAUUGCUUAUCUUUUGGAAGACAUUUCUUGUUUUGCUGCUGCUGUUUCUAGGUCUAGUGUGGGAUUGGAUUCGAUAGGGUUGCAAAGCGGUGAACGUUGCGAACUGUGACAGACAAAGGAAGCCGGAGAAGUUAAAGCAUGCUGAGCGUGCUACGGGUGCACCUCCCUUCUGAUAUACCAAUUGUUGGCUGCGAGCUCACGCCUUACGUGCUCUUACGCAGACCCGACAAGAGCGUUACCACCGAUGAUGUGCCCGAGUCGGCCCCUCUUGAUGGUCAUUUCUUGAGGUACAAGUGGUAUCGCAUACAAAGUGAUAGAAAAGUUGCUGUCUGUAGUGUACAUCCCUCCGAGCAAGCCACGUUGCAGUGCCUGGGUUGUGUUAAGGCUAAAAUACCUGUUGCUAAAAGUUAUCAUUGCUCUCCUAAAUGCUUCUCAGAUGCAUGGCAGCAUCACCGUGUUCUACAUGACCGUGCUGCAAGUGCUGUAAACGAAAAUGGAAAUGAGGAGGAAGAGAUAUUUGGCCGUUUCAAUAGCUCAGGCUCUGGGGUUAUUAAUGCCAGCUUAACUGGUUCGGCAUCAAGCACUAGCUUGACCAAUGGUUCAACACCUCUAUAUCCUGCUGCAGUUACACAGAGAAGUGGUGGUGAAACCUGGUUUGAAGUUGGACGCUCUAAAACAUAUACACCAACAGCAGAUGAUAUUGGCCAUGUUCUCAAGUUUGAGUGUGUUGUUGUAGAUGUGGAAACUAAACUACCUGUGGGACAUCCCAAUACUAUUUUGACUUCUCGUGUUAUUCCAGCACCUUCCCCUAGUCCUCGGCGCUUGAUCCCAGUGAGCGGAGCUGAUAUGAUGGGGCAUCUAGAUUCAGAUGGCCGUAUUUCCUCCUCUGGAACGUUUACUGUUCUCUCAUACAACAUUUUGUCUGACUCAUAUGCCAGUAGUGAGUUAUACAGUUAUUGCCCUUCAUGGGCUCUUUCUUGGCCAUAUCGCAGACAGAACUUGUUGCGGGAAAUCGUUGGUUAUCGUGCAGACAUUGUCUGUCUUCAAGAGGUGCAAAGCGACCAUUUUGAAGAAUUUUUUGCCCCUGAGCUGGACAAACAUGGGUAUCAAGCUUUAUACAAGAGGAAGACUAAUGAGGUUUAUAGUGGAAAUACCCAUACAAUUGAUGGCUGUGCAACAUUUUUCCGUAGAGAUAGAUUUUCCCAUGUCAAAAAAUAUGAGGUUGAAUUUAAUAAGGCUGCUCAAUCUUUGACUGAGGUUGCAGUUCAAACUACUCAGAAGAAAGCUGCUUUAAAUCGAUUGGUUAAGGAUAAUGUUGCUCUAAUAGUGGUUUUGGAAGCAAAGUUUAGUAAUCAGGGAGCUGACAAUCCUGGGAAGCGGCAGCUUCUUUGUGUGGUAAGGCUUGUUAAUGUUUUUCUUCUAUGCUAUAUCUCUAUUGCCUUCUCUAAUUUGCAUGAUUUUGCUUUCAUGGUAUAUUUAUGAUCAAGACAUGACAUCAUAUAUUGCUAGUGUAUGAUACUAACGUAUCAGUGGUGAUUGUUAUUCUGUUAUUAGCUUUGUUGAUCUGGGUAGUGGCAAUUGGCUUGCCCUGAAAUCAAAUAGGAUGUUUGAGACUACUUUUAGCCAUAUAGUCUUGAAUUCAA